GCGGUUACCGAACGGUCCUCACAAUAAUCAAAUCCCAAAUCUAUCUUCUGCCGUAAAACUGGCGGAGAUGAGAGAGAAAGAGAGAGUUUAGAGAGGGAGAAAGAGACUUUCAGAUUUUCCAACACACAAACACAUCAUCGUGAUUCAAGAGAAACGAACGAUCCCUUCCAUUUUCUCUCUCUAUUUACUCGUCGAUUCAUAGCUCUCUCUCAAUAUCAUAUUCAAACCCUAGGUUCCAGAGCUUGUAAUCUGAAGUCUACCGUUAGAUUAAAUCUUACAGAGCUGAAAAAUUCGAAGCUUUUCGGUAAAUUUAGGAGAAAUCUAUUCAAUUUUUGACGUCUAUAUGUUGAUAUAUGUAUAUAUGAUGAUGAAACAAGGUUUUUGAUUAUGGGGUUGGAGGAUGCUGAUCUCCUCGACGAUGGCGUUGCCGCUGGCAAAGCGUCGUCGGUUUCGUGCUCGAUUUGCCUAGAGGCCGUGACCGAUAAUGGGGGUAGAUCUUGGGCGAAGCUUCAAUGCGGCCAUCAAUUUCAUCUCGAUUGCAUUGGUUCUGCAUUUAAUAUAAAGGGAGCAAUGCAAUGCCCCAACUGUCGGAAAAUUGAGAAAGGACAAUGGCUUUUUGCGAACAAUUGUCGUCCAUUUUCCGAGUAUAGCAUGGAUGACUGGGCCCAUGAUGAGGAACUUUAUGAUCUAAGCUACUCUGAAAUGUCAUUUGGAGUCCACUGGUGUCCAUUUAGUGGAUUAACGCGACUUCCUUCAUCUUUUGAUGAAGGGGAAUUUCCAUCCACUGCGUAUCAUGAUCUUAUUGGACAACAUGCAAUCUUUGCUGAACAUACAGCCUUAUCAUCUGCCACUCAUCCUUGCCCAUAUGUUGCAUACUUUGGACCGAUCCCCCCUUCGUCGUCAAAUUCCGGUGGAAGUGUUUCAGAUGGUUCUACUUUUACCAAUCACUGGAAUAGCCCAGCAGUUCCUAGCGAGAUUCCCACUUCUUACGCUUUUCCUGCCAUGGACGUCCAUUAUCACAGUUGGGAACACCAUUCCUCUCCCUUUCCCACGACGAGCAGCCGUAUUGGUGGUGCUGAUCAGCCUCCUGUUCCGUCUAUGACACAGAGGGCAGCUAGGGCCAAUUCUGAUGUACCAAGAUCAGGAUCUUUUGUGCAUCCAUUCCUCGUAGGCCACAGUUCUGCUGCUAGAGCUGGAUCCUCAAUGGUUCGCCCCCAUCCUGGCAGUGUUGCUCGGACCCGUGACCGUGUCCAGGCUCUCCAGGCAUAUUUUCAGCAACCCAGCAGUUCACCUACCAUGCGCACACCCAUCAUUUCUGGCACACGAAGAUCUACUAAUCAUAGGGCCAUGGCUCAAGUAGGGCCAGUAGCCUCAUCAUCUGAUCAGACUGGUGGCUUCUACUACUUCCCAUCAGGUUCAUCUGGUAGGAACUUCCACGAAGCGGAAAAUUCCAUGAUGAAUCGCUUCAAUGGAUGGGAAAGAGAACAUUUGCCUUCGUUCCCACCGAGCCAAGUUGAUAGAGAUCCAAAUUGGGGGCCAUUCCAUCAGGCUGCUGGGGGUUCAGAUACUGCCAUCAGGUCCAACAGCAGCUUCCGCCAGAGGCAUGGAUCCGAGAGGAUGCCAUCACAAAAUCGGUCAUAGACUUCUUAUUCUGUUUUGUCGAUAAAAACUAUGAAAACUAUGACUGAACCAAAAAUUGUGCAUGCUUGAGAAACGAUAUAUAUUUAUGCUUGGAGUCUGUCUGACGAGACAGACUAUACUGUGGCAUCGCCCAGAAAUGGUGCCUUUUGGCGGCAAUGUGGUUGUGUGAUGGACUUUGGCUUCCUCUGGUUUCUUUUUGCUGGGAUAUAAAAUAAGAUCAUAAGUUGGAUGGCA